GACGCAGAGGCCCAACCCCAGAAGAAACCGCAAAAGCGUGUUCCAGUUGAAUUGGAACAUCUUGCCGGUCGGUGGUUUACGCCGGAUGAGCUAAUCAACGUUCUGCAAAUAUCAGGCGUCAACCUGUUCCCCAGGGAUGACUCAUCUACUCGCGUAGAAUGUCUUGAAAAGAACCCUCUAACGGAGCAAUGGCUGUAUGAGCAGAUGGCCCUCUUGAGCCCUGCCAUGUCAUUUUCUUGGUCUCGAUGGAAUGCUGAUUGUCAGGACCCCAAAAACAUCAUCGUUUGUGCGACAGAACACCUUGAUGAAGAAGGGCCCGUGGACGAGGCGACGAUUGGAGUAUUUUCUGUUAAUCGGCAUAAGGUCGUCAAAUUGCGCAUGAAGGAAUAUGCAGAAAACUUUGAUCCUGCGCCCGACCCAAAAUAUCAGAGCUACUACAGUUACUCGGUUGCCGCAUCUAUACCCGUGAAAAGUCUCUCAAAACACAACCAGGCCAUUGUUCGAGACUACCUUACGUCCUCCACAAAGAAAAUGAAAACUUGGGAACGACUCCAUUUCUUGUAA